CUUUGUUUUUUCUCUCGUCUUCAAAAAUCAGUUGUUGUCACACUUUGCUUCUCAUUUCUACUUACUCUACACACCCCAUCCUAACAAACUCUCCCAUUUUUUCCCACCGUCCACACCACCCCCCACCUCCACCUCCAAUCAUGCCACCACAACCACCCUUCACCCCUCUCUUCUUCCUCCUCUUUCUCCUCCUCUGUUUUUCCAACUCCGCCUCGUCCGACGAGAUCGAUUCCCUCCUUGCUCUCAAAUCCUCCCUCCAAUCUUCCAACCCCAAGCUCUUCUCCACUUGGAUCCCCUCCAACCCCACCUGCAGUUUCACCGGUAUUUCCUGCAACACCGCUCGUAACGUAACGGAAAUCGAUCUCUCGAAACAGAGAUUAUCCGGUACUCUCCCUUUCAAUGCCAUCUGCUCCCUUCCUUUCCUCCAAAAACUCGCUUUUGGGUUCAAUUCUCUUUUUGGUACAAUCUCGUCUGAUAUCAGAAACUGUAUUGAGCUUCGAUACUUAGACUUGGGUAACAACCAGUUUUCUGGUUCAUUCCCAAACAUUUCACCUUUAUAUCAGUUAGAGUACUUGUACUUAAAUUUAAGCGGGUUUUCAGGAAAAUUUCCAUGGAAUUCUCUCUCGAAAAUGACCGGCCUUAUUCAUCUCAGCCUCGGCGACAACCCAUUUGAUGAAUCAACGUUUCCCAAACAAGUUACAGAGUUGAAGAACUUGAACUUGCUCUACCUGACAAAUACCAGUAUUUCAGGGUCAAUUCCACCUGAAAUUGGAAACUUGUCUGAGUUGAGUAAUCUUGAAUUAUCUGAUAAUUUUUUAAACGGGUCAAUACCAACUGAGAUAUCUCAACUUAAGAAAUUAUGGCAGCUUGAGAUGUACAACAAUUACCUGACCGGAGUUAUCCCUGUCGGUUUUCGAAACCUUACGAAUUUAAAGAGGUUUGAUGCUUCUAACAAUAGCAUAGGAGGGGAUUUGUCUGAGCUCAAGUACUUGAAUCAGCUUGUUUGGAUUCAAUUGUACCAGAAUGAAUUUUCCGGCGAGGUUCCGGCGGAGUUUGGAGACUUUAAGAAUUUGGUGAACUUGUCUCUGUAUAGUAACAGACUCACCGGAGGGCUUCCACAGAAGCUCGGGUCGUGGACAGAGUUCGAUUUCAUUGAUGUUUCGACGAAUUCGCUUUCAGGACCGAUUCCCCCUGAUAUGUGUAAAAAGGGGACUAUGACAAAGCUUCUGAUUUUGGAAAAUAAAUUUUCCGGCGAAAUUCCGGUGAGUUAUGCCAACUGUACUACGUUGACUCGGUUCCGAGUCAGCGACAACUUGCUCACUGGAGAUGUUCCCGCCGGAAUUUGGGGUCUGCCUAAUGUAAAUAUAAUAGAUAUUGCUGACAAUAAGCUACGAGGUUCAAUCACCUCGGAUAUUGCUAAAGCAGAAAAUCUGGUGCAAAUUUAUGCUGCCAACAAUGAAUUAUCAGGGGAUAUUCCGGCAGAAAUCGCUGGCGCUUCGUCGUUGCUGUGGCUCGAUUUGGGUAACAAUCAGUUAAAAGGAGAGGUACCUGAAAGUAUUGGUAAGCUAAAGAUGUUAAAUAAUCUUUACUUGCAGAAGAAUCAGUUUUCUGGUAAUAUCCCUGCUUCUUUAGGAGAAUGCCUUCAUUUAACUGAUGUAAAUUUAGCACAAAAUUCAUUUUCUGGUAGAAUUCCUGUGAAUUUAGGUUCAUUGCCUACUUUGAAUUCCUUGAAUUUGUCACAAAAUGAGUUAUCUGGUCUAAUUCCUAAUACUCUGUCAUCUCUUAAGCUUAGUAGUCUUGAUUUGUCCUACAACAAAUUAUCCGGUCCUAUACCGAAAUCUCUUUCGAUUGGGGCGUUUAGAGAGAGUUUUAAGGGUAAUAACUACCUUUGUAGUUCGGAUUUUGAGAGCUUUAGACAAUGUUCAUCAAGGUCCCGGGAUUAUCGAACUUUUGUAAUAUGCCUAGUUCUUGGAUUAGCCAUCUUGGUUGCUUUAAGUGGUUGUUACUUGUACACAAAGUUAAGUGGUGUCGGGAAGGAUAAGGAGCGUUCGUUCUCAUUAAAGGACGAUUAUUCGUGGAACAUGAAGUCGUACCAUUUGCUUACCUUCACUGAAGAGGAGAUACUUGAUUCAAUCAAGCCCGAGAAUUUGAUAGGGAAAGGAGGGUGUGGGAGUGUUUACAAGGUUGGCCUUAAAGAUGGGAAGGAGUUGGCUGUUAAGCACAUAUGGAAUUUCGAUUUUUCCGAGGAUGGGAAGAAGAUCCGUCCAAGCACUCCAAUGCUAGACAAGAAAUAUGGGAGUAGUAGAAAGAUCAAGGAGUUUGAUAUGGAAGUCAAAACAUUAAGUUCAAUAAGGCAUAUCAAUGUGGUGAAGUUAUACUGUAGUAUUACUAGUGAAGACUCGAGCUUGUUGGUAUACGAGUACAUGCCUAAUGGGAGCUUGUGGGAUAGGCUGCAUAGUAAUAAGAAGCUCGCCUUAGAUUGGCAAAGUCGGUAUGAAAUUGCUUUGGGUGCUGCAAAAGGGCUUGAAUACCUUCACCAUGGGUAUGACAAACCAGUGAUUCACCGCGAUGUCAAGUCUAGCAAUAUAUUGUUGGAUGAGUUUUUGAAGCCUAGGAUUGCAGAUUUCGGGCUUGCGAAGAUUCCUCAAGUGAACACAAAUUGUGAUUCAACUCAUGUGAUUGCAGGAACUCACGGUUACAUUGCACCAGAGUAUGGAUACACAUACAAAGUUAAUGAGAAGAGUGAUGUUUACAGCUUCGGAGUGUUUCUGAUGGAAUUAGUAACGGGGAAAAGGCCAAUUGAGCCAGAAUUCGGAGACAGCAAAGACAUUGUUAGUUGGGUUUCUAGCAAGUUGAAAAACAGAGAAAGUGUAUUGAGCAUAAUAGACUCAAGCAUCAUAACACCCUUAAAAGAAGACGCGAUUAAGAUAUUGAAGAUUGCGAUCCUUUGCACAGCUAGGCUGCCUGAGCUCAGGCCAACAAUGAGGAGUGUGGUCCAAAUGCUUGAAGAUGCUGAACCAUGUCAAUUGGUAAGCAUAAUUGUUGGCAAAGAUGGUGCUAAGAAAAUAGAGGAAAGCAAAGAGCAGUUCUAAGCAGAGAAGCGUAAUGUACAAUAAUACAAAGUAUAUUGUAUAUUGAAGAAUUCAGGGGUUUUAGUACUCUUGUGACAUUUCAAAUAUGUAGCCAUAAAAUCUAGAGUAUAUAAUUCUUGUACAUUAGACAACCCAAGUUAAUUUUUCUCCUCUUUCUCUUUUGUUUUUUUCCUGCCUCAGGUUGCUAAAAGUAUUUAAUAAAAGGUCAUAUCAAGGAAAUGCAAUUUAGUGAGGCUUUUGUAGGCUAUAACCUUCAAUCAUGGUAAAUUGGUAAGCACAAUAUAUUAAUGCAAAUUAUGGGUAUUAAUUGGAA